UGUAAUCUGACAGGGAAGGCAAAGGAAGUCUGGAAGGAAGACCUGUUAGUCAGGCACCCGGUCAGAAGGCACUUAGUGAGCCAGGUUGCCCAACUCACCUGCCGUUCCAGCGCUCCCCAGCCAAGCAGGUGGAUCCCAAGGCGGCAUGACUGGGAGGCUGGCUAUUUAGAAGGCAGCACAUGACCGCCUGGGCCUUCCUCUCUGAAGUGUCAGCCCAGAGACCAGCCGACUGCCAGGGAAGAUCCUGCACCAGCGUCCACCGGCAGAGCCCUACAAGACAGAGACCCCAGCCCCCUGAGAGCUCUCUGUGGCCCUGAGCUGCCCUCGGAAAGAUCCCCGCUGCAGCCUCCUCCAUCGCCACUGUCAGCCUCCAUCAUGGGUCUGCGAGAGUCGCCCUACGCCAGUCGCUUCUUGGGGGGCAUGAACACGGUGGUCCGAGGCAUCUUAUUCCCCAGCUAUUGGCUGCUGAACCAGCUUCUGGCCCUGCAGCGCACCACGGCGGAGAAGCAGGCCCAGCGGAACAAGCGGUGCCCCCCUUACACCCUGCGGGCUCUGGCCAAGGGCUUGGUCAUCCUGCCCGCCUUCCUACUCUCUGCUCCCAUCUCCUUCCUGGCCUUCCUGGUCUGGCUGCCCCUCCAGGCUGGCCGCCGCCCCUUCGCCUACCAGCACACCUCAGGCCAAUCUCCCCCGGAGGAAUGGCCGCUCCCAGAGGGCCAAAGCCGGGCCUUUGGCUUCCUCAGCUCCAACGUCUGCCUGCUCCCCGAGGGCCUGGCUAAGUUCAGCAACCUGGGCCAGACCCAAUGGCGGGCCAAGCAUAUCGCCCAAGGACUUGCCCAGGCAACACGACACAGCUCCCUCUCCUGUGAGCCGAUCCCCAGGAAUGCCUUUGGGAUCCCCGAUGGGCAGAAGUAUGGGGCCAUGGGGUCCAGCCCCCCACGUACCUGUCGGAGCCCCUCCGGGGAUGACCCAAGCAGUGUGACCAUUCAGAUACCCCUGGAUGACACACUGGGGGAGAUCACCUGCCGGUUCCCCGCUGGGGCAGACUUUGUGUGCCUACAGGAGGUCUUUGACCUCCAGGCUGCCAACAGCCUGCGCCAGCGCCUGGGUUCCUGCUACGAACACAUCCUCUACGAUGUGGGCACCUACGGACUGAUGGGCUGCUCUGCCUUGAAGCUAUUCAACAGUGGGCUCUUCCUGGCCAGCCGCUACCCCAUCCUGGCUGCCCAGUACAACUGCUACCCCAAUGGCAAAGGGGAGGAUGCCUUUGCUGCUAAGGGACUCCUCUGUGCACAGGUUCACCUUGGAUCCUCCCAAGGGAAAAGGGUUGUGGGGUACCUGAAUUGCACCCACAUGCACGCUCCAGAUGCCGAUGCCCCCGUCCGGUAUGACCAGAUGACCCUCGCUAUGCUCUGGGCCCAGCAAUUCCAGGACACCUAUGCUCAGCUGGGGGAUGUGGUGGCCUUUGACAUCUUCUGCGGGGACCUCAAUUUCGACAACUGCUCUUCAGGUGAUGAGCUGGAACAAAGCCAUGAGAUCUUCAGCAUCUAUACGGAUCCUUGCCGUGUUGGGCCUCGGAAGGACAAGCCCUGGGCCAUCGGGACCCUGCUGGACUACAUGGAAAUCUAUGAUGAGGCCGUGUCCACCCCAGAGAGUAUGAAGAGGACUCUGGAGCAGCCGGAGGGUCGGAGGAAGUUCCUGGCCGGUCCAGUCCUGGCCAAUGGGAAGCUGGACCCUUCGGCCACUGGGAGCGAAGGGCGGCGCCUGGACUACAUCCUUUACCGGGAGCACCCCGGACCCCUGGCCUUGAAAACGGCUGUGGAGAAGGUAUCCUUUAUCACCCAACUGGCCACCUGCUCCGACCAUUUGCCCUUUGGGCUGCGGCUCCAUGUCACUUCCAUCAUGGCACAUCCAGAAGUAUGAACUUUGCCCACUGCCAGCCGAGGAAGACAACCCUGAGGGGGCAUGGGCACAAAGAGCCUGGCUGCCCCUUCCCAAAGCCCUGUCGUGGGAGAUCCAGGUGUUCCAGAGGGUGGCACCCCCAGCUCCAUGUAGGGCAGCCUGGUCAGUAGGCAUCAGCCUCUCUUGGGGAGCAGUGAGGCAAAGGAAGAGCAGGGGCUCUCCGAGAUGGAGCUAGUGGCCCCAGGGGCAGCAAGAGCAAGCUGGCAGCUCCCUUCAGGCCUCAGGGGUCACAGCCUGAUGGAGGGGCCCUUGGAGACCACCCCAUUGCCUGCAUUGGCCACCUCCACACUGCACCUGCAGGCUGAUGGGUCCUGAGUUCCAAACACUCCUCCUUCACACUGCUCUCAGUCACUUGCGAGCCUUGAUGACUCCUCUGCUCAGAUGGUGCCAGAAGAUGGGCUGGGCUACGAAGGGUUAGCUGUGCUACUUUGGUGGGUCUAUCAAUAUCGUGUGAGUGAUGGGCAGCCAUGGCACACAGCCUCUGAGUGCUUGGCAGGAAAGGAGACAUGGCCGUGGCAGAGGGUAGUGCCCUUUUCCCUUCAGCGUUGGCCAAGGACAGUCUUUGGCUUGAACCCUGAGGGACUCCAGGAAUAGCUUUUCUGGCCCUGGCAGAUGUUGGCCUCAGCUGCAAUGGCAGAUGGAGGAGGGGGCCUCUGACAGACUCCAGCGUUGUGAGGUCAGAAGGUGGAGGACCAUUAUGGAAGGAAGGGGUUUGUUCCAUUUCUUUUUCCAUACAGAUUGUACCAGUAAAACAGUCCUAACACUGAAUUUCUCCCCUUGUGUCCAUUCUCUGUCCUUUCCUCUCCCCUUUUGGUCCUCUUGCUCCAUGAGGGGUCAGUCCCUUCCCGCUGGACCCUGAGGGCCGGAGAUCUGGAUCAUAGCAGGGGUCAGGGAGGGGUUCUGUGUGGAGGAGAUCUCCUGGCCCCAUGGGCUCUGCUUGCCCUCCUUUGCUCUUGCUCCAUCUGGUGCCCUCCUUUGGCUUCCUUCCUUGGAGGUCUUUAAGCAGAGGCUGGAUGGCCAUCUGUCAAUGGGAAUGCUUUGAUUGAGAGUUCCUGCAUGGCAGAAUAGGAUUGGAUUGGAUGGCCCUUGGAGCUCUUCCAACUCUGUGAUUCUAUGGUUCUAAUGCCCCAUGUGCCAUCCUAUGCCCGCAGCAAAGUGCCCGCUUGCAGAGCAAAGGAGUGUCAAAGAACCGUUAGAGGUCCAGCCUUUCUGCAAAGGUUUGGAUCAACCCAGUGGGCUCCUGAGGAUACACAGAUGGAUUGGCCACGUUUCAGAACAGCUUUGUCUUUAGCCACUUCUCUGGUGUUUUAGCUGCACUGGGCUCUCCGUCCAAAAAGGAAAGAAGUUUUAUUGCUUUAAAAUGUACACUAACGUCAAAGAGCAAACGGGGUGAAAACCACUCUACUUAGGAAGCUCCAGCUUUGGGUAACAGAUUUGUAUCGCACAAUCUUGUGUCUGGAAGUUUAUGUUAAUGUAGUUGUUGCUGCCAAGGCUUCUGCAUGCCAGUUGCCUCUCGCCCCGCUUUAUCUUGAUCACUUAAUUGCAUUUUAACAUCUGCAUGAGCUUUGUUCAGUUUAAUAAGCUGUCUUCAAUCCUAGGCUCAUGCUGUUGUAAAUCUUCUCCCCCACAAGUUCAGCCCCUUUUCUCCCAGAUUUGAGUGGGUCUGGGGUCCCCUUAAACUAGAGGGGGAAAGGACACUCUUUCUGCAGGGGAGACCCUAAGGAUGGGGAGAAUAUUAGGUCUGGUUACUCAUUCCCAGGUCGAAAAAUGAGUUUCCCAACAGAAGAGAAAAAUCAGAGACCAGCAAGAUUCCCGCCUGGUUUUCCUCCUGGCAUUUGAAACCCAGGAGAGCUGGCAGAGGAAAAAUACAUAGACUCAUGAUCCACCCUCACCUGGAAGCCAAAAACUGUGGAGGGUUGACACAUCUCUGGAAAAAGGGGGCUAGGGGGGC